AUGGUUCGCUCCAAGCUAGAGUACUGCUGUCCAGUCUGGAACCCUGCAAAAGUCACAGAGAUACAAAAGCUGGAGACUGUACAGAGAUCCUUUAUUAGAAAGAUAUCUGGCUGUCGUGAUCUCCAGUACUGGGACAGGCUGAAGAAGCUUAAGUUUAUGUCUCUUCAGAGGCGGAGAGAGCGUAAUUCUAUUAUUCAUGUAUGGAAGAUUCUUAAUGAACAUGCUCCGAACGAUACGGGCUUCGAGUACAAGUCACAUCAAAGGCACGGUAUUAAGGCAGAGAUCCCAGCCAUGAACAAAAGCGCACAGUUCUCUGUAAGAACAGAUUACGACAACAGCUUUAGAGUUAAAGCAGCUCAGCUCUUCAACGUGCUCCCAUCGGAGCUCCGAAGGCAUAUUUAUGGAACAGUACCCAGACACGCCACCAGUUCCGGGCUACACUCCGACAAACGAUAA